GAGAUUUAAAUUCACACAACCUUUUGGACCCAAAGUUCCUGUUGAUAUAAAUAGUCCAAUUGAUAUUUUUAAACUAUUUUUUGAUGAUGAUAUUCUACAUACUUUCAAGACUCAAUCUGAAUUAUAUGCUGCUCAAUGUAAUCAAAAAUUUUUUACUUCAGUUGAAGAAUUACAAGCGUUUUUUGGCUGUCUCAUCAUAAUGGGAUUUCAUAAAUUACCUACAAUUCGUUGUUACUGGUCAACCGAUGCCAAUUUUCAAGUUCCAAGGAUAUCAUCUAUUAUGUCAUUAAAAAGAUUUCUAUCUAUACUACGGUUUCUCCAUUUAAAUGAUAAUUUGAGUAUGCCUAAACGGGGACAUGUUAAUUAUGACAAAUUAUACAAAGUGCGACCGCUGAUCAACAAACUAAAUGAAAAGUUUUUUUCAAAUUUUAACCCAUCUAGAAAUAUUGCUAUAGAUGAAAGUAUGGUUGCUUUCAAGGGAAGAACUACAAUUAAACAAUAUAUGCCACUUAAGCCAAUCAAACGCGGAAUAAAAGUUUGGGCAGCUGCAUGUUCUAAGACUGGAUACCUACUACAGUUUGAAGUAUACCAAGGCAAGCAAGGAGAUCCAGAAAUUGGCCUAGGAGAAAAAGUUGUAACACAUUUAGCUAAUCUUUAUGAUAACAAAGGCUAUUGUUUUUAUUUUGAUGGGUUUUUCAGUAAUAUUCCCAUGGUGAAAAGUAUGGUUGAGAAAAAUAAUUUUGCAUGUGGUACUAUCAAAUCAAAUAAAAAAUAUUUUCCAUCUGGUGUUCUAAAAGAUGACAAAGAACUAAAACAAGGUCAGUUUGAUGUAGUUACUUCUAAUGAAAUAACUAUAAGUAAAUGGAAAGACAGAGGAAAAAAGUGUGUAAAUGUAAUAAGUAAUAUGCAUGGUGGCAGUUGUAUUGGUUCUGUUUAUAGAAGAGAUAAUCUAGGAGUUAAACAAGUUGUGAAGGCUCCAGCUGCUAUUGUAGACUAUAAUAAGUAUAUGGGGGGUGUCGACCAUUUCGAUCAGUUUCAUUCUUACUACAAUGUGGCCUGGAAGUCCAGAAGAUGGUGGCUAAAAAUAUUUUAUUAUCUUCUAGAUGCUUGUAUAGUAAAUUAA